AUGGCGCAGACAGGUGAAGUGCGCCUAGCCAGUUCCGUCCUGGAGCGGGCCAGCGCCUGGCGAAUCGAGCUGGACUAUAGGGUCUACAUCGAUCUUUUGAAGGGCUGCCAGAGAGGCGCCGACGAUGUAGCUACUGUGUCCCUUUUGCAAGACAUCCGGGAAUCCCAGGUGACUCCUGAUGUCUCAAUGUACGAAGCCAUGGCUGCCGCUGUAUCCCGGCGUCGUUGCACCAGGAUCCAGAGCGCGAUCUCAUCGCAGCCGGCGCGGAAGAAGGAUCUCGUCCGAGUCGCCGAGGAGCAGAUCUCCCAGCAAUUCGAGGAGAUGCUGUCGACAGUGGCGGGCAACCUCGAGAACAUCUCGGAGCUCCGCCGAGCUCUGAUCCUCCUGGCGAAAACCGGCCGGUUGGAACGAGCCGAGGCCUUCUUUGCCGAAGUGCGGAGAAGCCUUCCUGAGGAUGUGGCCGAUGAUGCGAUGGCCGCCCCGUAUGCUGCGGCAGGGCGUUGCCAAGAGGCCUCUCGCUACGGCACAAGGAGCCUCGUCGGCCUCAGAGCAGCCAUGGAAGGAUUUCUGCAAGGAGGAGAGCCGCAGAAAGCUUUGCAGCUUUUGAGCGCCGCAAGAGAGCAACAACUCCCUGCCGAUCCGUUGGCAUGUGAAACGGCGGUGAAGUGCUGCAGGGCCGUGGGUCAGAACAGCUGGCUGCGGCGGCUCUGCACCGAGUCCUACCAGGCACUUGGCCAACUGAUGGAGUCGCAAGUGCCAGCAGAGCAGCAGUACGAGGCCUUUCGAGCCUGUGCCCGCGCCUGGGCGCUUUCUGGGCAAUGGUCUUUUGCUCUUCAGCUCUUGAACACCAUCGAUCGCGAUCAGUGGGGCGUGAGGAGCCAGAGCACAAUGGUGCAGGCUUGCCUCGAAACCGGAGCCGCAGCGGAAGCUGAGCAACUCUUCAACUCCAUGCUGGAGCGUGGGGAGGAGCCAGAGGUGCUUGCCUGCCACGCCAUGAUGCUGCAAUACACGCGUGCAGAGGACGAGACAAAGGCGGACGAGCUCUACAAGUCUGCUGUCCGUGGAGGGCUUUGUCCCGACUGGUUCCUUCGCAAGAACUCCAUGUCGGUCGUUGGACUCAGCGAGGAGCUCGCAGCCUUCGCGCUGCGAAUUUUCCUGGAGAAGUUGAAGAUCCGCUGCCUGAAGAUGCGCCGCGUCACCCACGAUGUCCUCAUAAUGACCUCUCCACAGGCUGGAGUGGAGUCACUCCGCGAAUGGACACCGGCCAAAAGCGAGGAGAAGAAAAUGCAGCAGUGCUUGAGCAAUCUUCUGCGCAAGGAGUACUCCCUGGAGGUGGUCAGGGUCCCCGGAGGGCUCACCUUGCUCAAGCUCUCGCUCCAAAGGUACUUGGGACUUGGCGGCCAAGCGAAGAGGGUUCGAACCACUGUCAUGGAAAAGGCGCAUCAGUUGGCGUAUCGACCUCCAAGCACGGAGGAGUUCGACUGA